AUGGCAUGGCCCUAUGAUCAACAGUGGGAAGAUACCCGUAUUUACGCGUAUAGCCUAGACGAUCCGACCCAGGCCCUCUCUCAUCUAACCCCUGAUCUCGGCUGGAGCGCAUCCACAGAAGUCGAACGGUCCAUGCCCAGUGGCAUACCUGUGUCCUCCUACCUGUCGCCUCGCACCCGGGUAAAUCCCUUGGCAAUGCAGGGAACAUCCACUGGCGCCAUGCAAGCUAGCAUGCGCCACCAACAGAACGCCUCAAAUCCUGAAAUUGCUGCCCAACCAAAUCCCUCCCAAGAACCAGCUGUAAUCUCUAGGGGACGAAACAACACUCGAAGCCGCGCAAAAAGACGUCAAAUCAGCGGGUCACCUCCGCACAGCCCCGACGAUCCGGAGUUCCAAUGCAAGUGGGAAGGCUGUGCCUAUAGAGGUACUUUCAAACGUGAAUCCUCCCUCAUUCGCCAUAUUCGGAAAAUACACGUCACCCCUCUCGCUCAUCCAUGCCUAGUGCAAGGCUGCGACAAGGCUUUUAAUCGUGCGGACAACCUAGUUCAACACACACGAAACCACCACUAUACUUACUAA